AUGCGCCGAGCGCUCAGGCGCCGUCCCGGGAGCCCCCGAGGGCGGACCCCUGGGCCACGUAGGAAGAGAAGAACGCUUUAUGAAGGCAGGGAAGGAAGAGAAGAACGCCGUAUGAAGAUGGAGGCAGAAACUGAAAUGCUGCAGCCGCAAGACAAGGUGUACGCAAAGGAAAAAAAAGAUGUAAUAACAUUUAUCUGCAGGUUGAGCCAUGAAUAUUCAAAACAUGGUCUGCCUGACUAUGCCACCCAUGGGAAAAAUCAACAAGAAGCGAUGUAUAUGGUAGAAAGGAAUGGGCGACAACAGCUAUUGCAAAUAGAGAGGGCUCCUGUCACACCGGCUGGCGGGUUGUGGCGGUGCCAGCCAGUGUGUGCGAGUGUGUCUGCGUGCCCGCGCCUGGGCGGACCGACCCGGAGCAGCAGUGCGCCUCGCCCCGGGGAGGCGGCUCCGCACCGGCGCCUCGCCCGCAGCCGCUGCGGGGGGCUCCUCCGCAAACUUGCGGCGGGCGCCGUGCGUCCUCGUGGCUCCAGCACCUGGCGAUCCGAGGGCAAAGGCGCCUGGAGCGCGUGCGGCUCGCGGGGCCCGCGGGUGGCCGGGGCGGCGGGGCCGCGCCGUGCCUUCGCCCUUGGCCGGCGCCCUCGAGAGCCCCAUGCAGCCCCCGCGCUCGCGGCCGCAGCUGCCCGGCUGCCCGGGGCAGGUCCGGGACCCGAGCCGCGCUCCCCAGCGCCUGAGCGCCGGCGGCGGGAUGCCCCGCGCCGCCUGAGAGCGCGCGCCGCGCCCGGGGCUGGGAGCCGGGAGCCGGGCGCCCCCGGGAGCGCAGGGCGCCCCACGCCGCCGCCGCCGCCGCCGCGCGCCGGCGCCGGUCUCCCCGCUCGAUCCGCAGGCCCGGCUUUGCCAGCCCCGGAGCGCCGGAGUGCCGCGGGGCUGCCAGCCAGCAGCUCGCCCCGGCGUCAGGGGCAUGGAGGAGCGGCGGGCUCGGAGCCGCGCCCCGGAGUCCCCGAAACUUCCGAGCUGCCGCGCGUCCGCGUCUCUGCCGCUGUCGCCGUGUAG